AUGAGGACCCUCUCAUGGAAUGUCAGAGGCUGCAAUGCCCCUAACAAGAUUCGCUUGAUAAAACGGUGCAUUGAUCAAGUAAGGCCAGACUUUUUUCUCUUACAAGAAACAAAGAUCAAAGAAGAGGAUGUGAGUGUGUUUUCUAGGAAAUUUCAAACAUGGAAAUGUAGUUUGGUAGGAGCUCAAGGUGCCUCUGGAGGCCUAGCAGCUCUUUGGAAGGAUUCAGUGGUAGAAGUGGUUGUUGUUAGGGCCACACGUUGGUGGCAAUGGCUAAAGAUCAAAUCAUUGCAACUUCAGACAAGUUUCUUUCUCUUCAAUAUUUAUGGGCCUACCAACACAAUUCUGAAAAAUCAAGUGUGGAGUGAGAUAUCUAAAAUUUUGAGCAAUGACAAGGAAAAUGUAUUCAUCCUGGGAGGAGAUUUCAACGCCCUACUCCAACCUUCAGACAAAAUGGGGGGUGUGGGUUGGAAUAGGCAGAGUCAAAGAGAUUUCAGCUCCUUUGUUAUAAGGGCGGGAUUGAUUGAAAUUCCCUUCAAAAUGGGGGAUUUCACUUGGACCAACAGAAGGAGUGGCUUCCUGAAUUUCGCUAAAAAAUUAGAUAGGUUUUUUAUGGUUGGGGAUUGGACGGAGAGUCACUAG